CCUCAUCACACACACACACACACAUCCCUCUCCCGCCAUCAUGUCUGCCGAGACUUUCGAGUUCCAGGCCGAGAUCUCUCAGCUGCUCGGCCUCAUCAUCAACACUGUCUACUCAAACAAGGAGAUCUUCCUCCGAGAACUCAUCUCCAACGCCUCAGAUGCUCUCGACAAGAUCCGGUAUGAGGCUCUGUCAGACCCCAGCAAGCUGGACAGCGGCAAGGACCUCCGCAUCGACAUUAUCCCCGACAAGGAGGCCAAGACCUUGACCAUCCAAGACUCCGGUAUUGGUAUGACCAAGGCCGACCUCAUCAACAACCUCGGUACCAUUGCCCGGUCAGGUACCAAGCAGUUCAUGGAGGCUCUCUCCGCCGGUGCCGACAUUUCCAUGAUUGGUCAGUUCGGUGUCGGUUUCUACUCUGCCUACCUCGUCGCCGACCGUGUGACCGUCGUCUCAAAACACAACGAUGACGAGCAAUACAUCUGGGAGUCGAGUGCCGGAGGUACCUUCAAGAUCACCGAAGACACCGAGGGCAAGCAGAUCGGUCGUGGUACCAAGAUCGUCCUUCACCUCAAGGACGAGCAGAUGGACUACUUGAACGAGAGCAAGAUCAAGGAGGUUGUCAAGAAGCACUCCGAGUUCAUCUCUUACCCCAUCUACCUCCACGUUCUCAAGGAGACCGAGAAGGAGGUUGAGGAUGAGGAGGCCGCCGAGGAGACCACCGAGGGCGACGACAAGAAGCCCAAGAUCGAGGAGGUCGAUGACGACGAGGAGGAGAAGAAAGAGAAGAAGACCAAGAAGGUCAAGGAAACCUCCAUCGAGGAGGAGGAGCUCAACAAGACCAAGCCCAUCUGGACCCGGAAUCCCCAAGAGAUCACCACCGAGGAGUACGGUUCUUUCUACAAGUCCUUGUCCAACGACUGGGAAGACCACCUUGGUGUGAAGCACUUCUCCGUUGAGGGUCAGCUCGAGUUCCGUGCCAUCCUCUUCGUUCCCAAGCGCGCUCCCUUCGACCUGUUCGAGACCAAGAAGACCAAGAACAACAUCAAGUUGUACGUCCGCCGUGUCUUCAUCACUGACGAUGCCACCGACCUCAUCCCCGAGUGGUUGUCUUUCGUCAAGGGUGUUGUCGACUCUGAGGAUCUUCCCCUCAACUUGUCUCGUGAGACCCUCCAGCAGAACAAGAUCAUGAAGGUCAUCCGCAAGAACAUUGUCAAGAAGACCCUCGAGCUCUUCAACGAGAUCGCCGAGGACCGCGAGCAGUUCGACAAGUUCUACACUGCCUUCAGCAAGAACAUCAAGCUCGGUAUCCACGAGGACUCCCAGAACCGCGCGUCGCUUGCCAAGCUUCUGCGAUUCAACUCCACCAAGUCUGGCGAUGAGACCACCUCUCUCACCGACUACAUCACCCGCAUGCCUGAGCACCAGAAGCAGAUGUACUACAUCACUGGUGAGUCCCUCAAGGCUGUCGAGAAGUCUCCUUUCCUCGACUCGCUCAAGGCCAAGGGCUUCGAGGUUCUUUUCCUCGUUGACCCCAUUGACGAGUACGCCAUGACUCAGCUCAAGGAAUUCGAGGGCAAGAAGCUUGUCGACAUCACCAAGGACUUCGAGCUCGAGGAGACCGAGGAGGAGAAGACCAAGCGUGAGGCCGAGGAGAAGGAGUUCGAGGGUCUCGCUAAGAGCCUCAAGAACGUUCUCGGCGACAAGGUCGAGAAGGUUGUUGUCUCCCACAAGUUGGUCGGCUCCCCCUGCGCCAUCCGUACCGGCCAGUUCGGUUGGUCUGCCAACAUGGAGCGUAUCAUGAAGGCCCAGGCUCUCCGUGACACCUCCAUGUCCUCGUACAUGUCUUCCAAGAAGACCUUCGAGAUCUCUCCUCAAUCCCCCAUCAUCAAGGAGCUCAAGCGCAAGGUUGAGGCCGAUGGAGAGGAGGACCGCACCGUCAAGUCCAUCACUCUUCUUCUCUUCGAGACCUCUCUCCUCGUCUCCGGCUUCACCAUUGACGAGCCCGUCCAGUAUGCCGAGCGCAUCCACAAGCUUGUCUCCUUGGGCUUGAACGUCGAUGAGGAGGUUGAGACCGAGCAGGAGGCCAAGUCUGACGAGGCCCCUGCUGCCGCCGCUGCUGGCGAGAGCGCCAUGGAGGAGGUUGACUAA